AUGGCCGAUACCACCGCGAAAGACCGAGUUAUUGGACCAAUUGCCCGUGAUGGCAACCGAGUGGAACUUCCCGAAACCGACGAGAAGAUUCAAGUCUUCAACGGCAUCCCCAACUAUCCAGCUGGAUACAAGUUUGGCGACAAAUUUGUGGUAAGUUCUUUGAAGAUUUCUUUGAUAUUGAUGUGGGAUAUGAGGUUUUAUUAAUGAAUUUCAGUGACAAAUGGUAAAAUCAACAGGUUUUUUCUAAAAUUUGUUAAAGUUUCACUGAAGUCUUGCGAUUUUUGUACAUUUCUUUCUGUAUUUCUCUUGGAUUUUUGUCCAAAAAUUGCUCUGAACCUAAUUCUAUCUAUCCUACUUCACAAAACUUAAAAUUUCCGUCGAAAAACUUCAAUAUAUCCUCCAAAGCCCUAUUAAUCUUAUCACAUUUCAGAUCGAAGAAAGAACUGGCUGGGACGACCGUUUUGGUGCCACUUAUUUCGCGACGCCUCAGAAAUCGGAUCGUCCUCUAGAGCUGGUUCUCCGCGUAGACAACCUGCUCAAGCACAACCCAUCCAUCUUGAUGGUUGAGAUUGCAAUGCUGAGAAAGGCGGAUGAGCACCACAAGCAUCAGUUCUUCGCCCAACUCCACGAGCAAGGCCGCUACGAGACCGACUACUUUUGGUACACUACCUACUUCAAAGGUGGUCCAUCUUUGCGGCAGAUCACGGAUUUUAUGCGCCAGAAUCGAGGAAGGCGUUUCAGCGCUUCAACCGUUGGCAGAUUCGCUCAGAAUCUUUAUGAAAUGAGUUUUUUAAAAGUUUUGUGGGCCUCUAAGGGCUUUCUUAAUAUAUAAAGGAUAAAAAACAGUAAAAAAUUGAAUUUUAGGCCGUUUUUCAAACCUUAAAUGGGCUCAAAACCUUUAAAAUUUGAUUGUUUUAGAUCAUCGGCUUCAUGCACUCUUGCAACUUCCUGAUCUGCGCCAUAGAUCAAGAGAUGUUCCACCUGGACGCCGCUUCUCGGACCUUGUUCCUCUCCGACCUAUCUACCAUUCAUCCCAGGCCAAAAACCCCUUCCAAUCUCAGAUGGUGCGGCGGACUCAACUACACCCCACUGGCUUGGUCAGCCCAGAUUCAGAACAAAAUACUGGUGGAAAGUCUGACUAAUGUUGAGCUUGAGGCCGUCUUCUACUUGCUCUUGGAAAUGGCCUUGGGUGGAUUGCCAUGGGCAGCUGAUCACUCGGAUGUAGUGGCUCAAAAGAAGAUCAAACUGUUUGAGGGGGACCGGUCGGCUUUUAAGGCACUUCCUCAGACGUAGGUUUUGGUUUUCUAUUUUCUACUUGAAUAUAGUUGCCUACUACAAUAUAAUUUUAAAACUUUUUUUUCGAUUUUGUUGAACUAACUUGGCUUAGCAUCCUGUGUAUAAUACCCAAUGCCUUUUUUAACAUCACACCACGCCUUGUUUAACAUUACAAUACAUAUUUAAAAGCCAAAUUUCGUUUUCAGCUACUUCAAGCUCUGGGAGAACAUUGUGGACAUCGUCACUUCGGACCGCCCCUACUCUGACCUCUCGGUCACCCUUGACCUAUGUCAAGAGAUAUACAAGAAGGACGGUGGCUGCUCUUCAUGGGACGACGACUUUGACUUUGAACGUCAACCCACUCCAGAAGAAUUGCCCAAGUUUGUGAUGGAGAAAGUGGCUAAUGAUCCAGAAGCCCAGGAAAUUGAUCAAGGGGAAAAUGGCGAGAAAGAUGAAGGUAAGAAGAAUAAAGAGAAGAGUCAAAACAAGAAGGAUGAAGGAAAAGAUGAAGGUGCCUUGACUAAAGAAGCCGGUAAAUUAAGCAAGAAGAAGAAUGAGAAGCCGACCAAAGAAGCCGCAAAGCCAGAGAAGAAAGAGGUUGAAGAUCCGAGUUCAUCAAAGAAAAAUACUGAAAAUUCUGAUAAGCCUGAAACUUCAAAAGUGGUCUCCCACGUCAUCUUGCCCAAGGCCGAACCACCCAAAGCCGAUCAGCGCGCCACCAAGAAGAAGACGGGCAAAAAGGCCGGAAAACGUUGA